AAUUGACUGUCAUGUUUAUCACGUUUACGCAGGGUGGUGAUGUUGACUAUUGUUUUUUUUUUAAAUUGUAUUUUGCCUAUUAUAGAGUUAAAUUAUCCCGAAAAAUUAAAAAAUAUAACUGUUUUUGUCAUUUUUCCGGCCACGGACAUUUACUUUGUUGAUGAAUGUUUCGAUAAUGUACGUACAUUGGUGUUUUUGGUUAGAAAAUCAACUGUUUAAAAUAGUUCUUAACUUAGAAAGGGCUAAUUUUUAAAUACUUACCAAAGAUAAUUAAAAUAAUAGUACUUUUUAGGUUGGCCAUAGAACGUUAUACAUAAAAUGUAUGUAGAUAUCAUUAAAGAUAUAAUGCCAAGUUAAGGGAUAGUUUGAAAUUAUCAAUCGACCCCUUCGUCGAUAGUUUGUCUUAUAACAAAGUCGUGACCGGAAAAACCCUAAUACACAAUAUGUUGUUGCAAACCGGGUCAGUUUUUGUUAUGUCUUUUUCUGGUUAGAAAUGUGAUCGGUUCGAACGCCUUUAGUGUUGGUUUCCGGUAAAUAUUAUUUUAGAAACUAUGUGCACUUCUAUUUCUUUUUGUUCGCAUUCAAUGGUAUAUUAUUAAUGUUGUAUUGUUAUCAUCAUUAUCGUGACCCGUGUAAGCGGUUCGAACGACAGUAAAGGUUUUGUCACGACGGAUAAUCAAUCGGCCUGUGAUUGAUUUAAAAUUGAAAUUGUGUUGAGAAAAAAAUUUUAAGUAGGUUUUCAGAGUAGGUCUAGCCGUCUGACUGUCUGUCUCGGUCCGUCCGUUCGAUACGUUAUGCACGUAUCAUCAUAUCGCGUGGGUGCUGUAGUUGAUAAAAGCGCGUUGGUGGAACGAAACAUAUCGCGAUGGUCGCUACUCGGGGGAUGCGCGGCGCGACGACUGAUCGAUAGCGUGACGCACCGCUCGACGGAGUAGGGGGGGACUGUGAAUGCGAGUGUACGCUGAACGAGGGUUGUAUGUAAAGAGCACAUUCCGUCGGUUCGCAGUUCGCCCUCUCUCAGUCGCGUUCAUCCCUCCGGCGAGCACUGCCGUGCUAUGUUUCCGCCGUCGCGGUUUCUUUGUGUUUCGCCGUCGCAACACUUUCGUCGUUGAUUCUAUUACUGUACAGUGCGCGCAAUGUGAACGGGGUUUUUUUUUUAUUGAUUCGAGAGUUAUUUGAACUCAUUUUUUGAUCGUGCAAUGCCAAAAUGACGUUGUGCCGCGGCGAGACCAGACGGCGGCAACGACGCACCAAUGGGCUGCAGCGGCCGUGGCAUCCGCAGCAAGUGGCCGGCUGGCUAGUGUUGGCCGCGUUCGGGGCCUGUUCGUUUGGAGUGCUCUUGCCCGGACUGGGCCCGAACCUAUACCCGGGUGUGCUGUUCGUGCUGGGCAGCCUGUUCUUCCUGCACGUCGUAUCGCACUUCGCAGCGUUGCUCAUAGACCCGGCGGACCCGCAACUCCGCGUCCGACGCGACGUACUCAAGCCCGUGCCUGAGCUGGACAAAGCCAAACACGCGCACGUUAUCGAGAACGGCAAGUGCCACCUUUGCAACAUUUACACGUCCAGCCGGACCAAGCACUGCGGGUCGUGCAACAAAUGCGUGGAGAAGUUCGACCAUCACUGCAAGUGGCUGAACCAGUGCGUCGGGGCCCGCAACUACGUAGCGUUCGUCGUGAGCGUAGUGUCGGCCGUGCUCGCGUGCCUCGUGAUCGUGCUGCUAUCGGCCACCGAACUGCUUCUGUACCACGUCGACCCGCUACGUGUGGAAAACUACCUGCGGCCGUGGUUCUCCAACGACACCGUGCAGGCCAACCAGCUGUUCAGCGUCAGCCGCCUGCCGGUGGACCGCGACAGCUUCCUAAUGAUCGCGAUGCUGCAGUGCGCACUCGCCCUGAUCGCCAUGGUGCUCUUGCUGCACUUGUGCGUAUUCCACGCGUACAUAUCGUUUCUGGGCAUCACCACGUACGAGUACAUCAGAAACUACCGGCGGUACCCGGAGUUCGAUUCGAGGAACGGCGUGGCAUCAUCGGCCGGUGCGUCCGCCAACAACCUGUCGGUGGGCUCGCAUAAGUCGCUCUUGUCCAAGGUGUACGCGACCGCGUGCUGUUACGGCGCGACCGCCCGUCGAAAACGGCCAUCUUGCGGCAUCCACAACGGGGUCUCGAUGACGGCGGCAGCCAAAGCGCAAACCGCGUUAACCGUGGAAACUGUGGAAGCGUACGGGGCAGGAGGACGUGGCGGCCGGCUCAGAGAGCUGGAGGCGGCGGCGGCGGCAGCCAAUCCGGACGACCGCGUGCAGAAUGUGCCAAAAUGCCGAUACUGUCUGGAGAAGAACAGAAUGCGGAGAAACACUUUUUUCGUGCUGGGCAAACGGAAAGGGUUCUGCUGCUGUUUCCAGAAACCUGAACCGGUGUUCGAACGAACCAGUAUGCACGUCAAAGUGCCGCCGUCGCCGUUCGCCGUCCGCCGUAACCGGGUCAUACCGGCCGACGACCUGACCAUAGUCAACGACUGGAAGUCGUUCAACUCGAGUUCGCUGACCACGUUGCCGGCGCUGUCGCAGUCGGCCCGGCAGAAGAUCACGCUCAAGGAACUUGGCCAAGUGUUGGCGCUGGUGGAACAGCAACCGCUCAAGAAGCAGAGGCGCAAGAGCAACCCGCAGAUGAAGCACUCCAAGUCGUCCAACCUGUCGCCCAUCCACGAGUCCGGCCUGUCCAACCCGUCGACGCCACAGCUGAAGAACCGUCAGCCCCAGACCAGACCUUGCAGUUGGUUGUCUUCCCCGCACAACACUUCCAAGAGCGCGUGAGCUGCUCUCCUCCAUUCUCCAGUGAUAAUAAUUUAUUAACGCGCUACAUUUUAUGUCAUGUGUACCUGGAACAAGUUUUUUCGGGAGGGGACAAGAAAAAUUGUUCCAGGUACUCAUUAUGCUAGAACUUCGUGUCUGUUCUUAUCGAAGUUGGCAAAAGCUCGUUUUUUUUUUUGUUAACCCAGUUAAGUUUAUUUAGACAUGCAAAAAACCAUCCAUGUAAAAAAAUAUCCAGUGACGUUUUUUUGCCAACUCUGAUUUUUGUAUUUUUUUUUUCUUUGUAUGUUAGACCUAGCAAAAAGAUACCAACAAUAUUGUAAUGUGUUACAAAAUAUAUAAAAAAAACCAUCAUAUCAAUCGAGCGAGUUGAUGUGCAAUCAAACGAGUGGGAACGAAUAUUCAAAACGAUUUGUUCAAGAAUCGUCAAACUCAUAAUUUGUACCUGAAAAAACUCCCUUGAACAUAACAACCCUUAUGCGUGUAUUGUUGUGUCGGCGUUUUGUUUUGUUAGCAAAAAUAUAUAUUUUAUAUUAUUAUAGUAAAAUAUAACUCGGCCAGCUCGAUCAUGUUUUUAAUUGAAACAACGUACAAAAAGUACUAUGUAAUUUUUGUUUUGUUGUAUUAUUUGUAUUUAAUAUUUAUCAUAUUCGUUCUCACGCGGUGUAAAAUGUGAAUAUUUCAAUAAUUUUUCAAUUAUCGUUUUACAUUCAUCUUUAGUGUAUCCGUGUCGACCCGUGAAUUAGUUGACCAUUUAUUUAUGUUUUAUUCCUUUUUAUAUUUCCGACGGUUUUGUCAAAAGCAACAUUAAAUUAUUGUUACGGCAACCGUUAAUCGGUGUUUUCUAUAAACUUUUUACUUUAUAAACUAUUUUGACGGUUGAUCCAUAUGCAUUUUGUUAUAUAUAUAUAUUUUUUUUUCAAUGAAUUUACCUAUCAUUAAAUUCUAAGCGUAGUUGGUUUGUAACAAUUUUAAAUUAAUUAAAUGAGACUUGUGGUAAACUUUUUCAUUUCAUGUAAUUCUACCUAUAGAUUUUGAUAAAAUGUUUUCUAUUCCGUGUUUGGUACUUUUUGUAAAAUUAACUAUUUUAUUACCUAUCAUUGUAUUACUAUUGUCUAUUCAUUUUUUUUUACCUUUUUAAAUACAAUUUCUUUUUUAUAUAGUUUUCUUCAACCUAUUGUAAUGCGUUUGUGGUAAUAGUUGACAUAUAUUUUAUUAUUAUUAUUAUGAAAAAAUUAGCGUUGAACGUCAAAUAUUUUUGUAUUACUAAUCAAAUUUAUUAUUAUUAUAUCACAUAGGAUGAUAAUUGUAUUAUAGUUAGAAAGAAAUCCCUACCGACUUUAUAGAUAUUUUUUAACGUUUGAACUGAUUUAGCGUUGUUAUCAUAAAUAAUUAUCGAAUCAAUGUGAUUGUAUGUACAUUUGGUAAUUUAUAAAUAUAUAUUUAGAGUUGACAUAUGUUUGAUUAUAAUUGCAGUGGAGUAAACUUAAAUAUGAUAAAAUAU